GCAAAGUUUCAGCCGUCUGCAAACCGAAGUCCACGGUUAAUGUUUCUGGAAUAUGCUCUGGUCUUCUUAGUUUUCCCGGUUGACUGCUUUUGAGGAACCAACACCUGUUUCACUGUCUCUGAAUUUGGAGUCGGGUGAAAUUGUAAUUGAAAUGACGAAUUGUUAGGCAGUAUAUAAAUAUUCACAAGACGGGAGGAAUCCCAUCAUCCGACUGUCGAUUGGCUCGCAUUGUGUUGUAGCUACAGUUCUACUAGCUACCACUAUAGCAAAUAGUACUAGCCACCUACGCUAACGUUCGCUAAUUCAGUUAUAUAGCUAGACAAGUGAGCAGCAGAGAAAAUGGCCUGUGAGCCUAAUCGUGUGCGGUUAUUAUGUAUGCUUUCAUUGACUUUUGGCUUUUUUAUUGUGGAAGUAGUCGUAAGUCGCAUCACGGCAUCGUUAGCUAUGCUUUCGGACUCUUUUCAUAUGCUAUCGGAUGUCAUAGCACUGCUUGUGGCUUUAGUAGCGGUGCGCUUCGCUGAGAAAACACAGGCGACAAAUAAAAACACCUUUGGGUGGAUCCGUGCUGAGGUGAUGGGGGCUUUGGUCAACGCAGUGUUCCUCACAGCCUUGUGUUUUACUAUCAUCUUGGAGGCCGUCGAGCGAUUCACCAAUCCGCAUGAAAUCGAGAAACCUCAUGUAGUCAUCGGUGUGGGGGCAGCCGGUCUCCUGGUCAACCUCCUCGGGCUGUGCUUGUUUCAUGGACACUCCGGUGGUGGUCACGGGCACUCUCACGGAGGAGGGGGGCAAUCUCAUGGAAAUAAGAAAAACAAGCGCGGUAAACUGUGCAAGUCAGAAAGACCCGAUGGAUCGUCAGGAGAGGAGACCAACAAUCUGGUAGGAAGCCACAACAGCCCCCCUAAUGGCGUGAACACCGAAAGAUGUGGACACGAGAUCGUCGGCAACGACAGCGAGAUGCACAUGAACGGCACAACCGCCUACGACGAGCUGGAGCAGGACGGCGCCUCGCUCAACAUGCGCGGCGUCUUCCUGCACGUGCUGGGCGACGCCCUCGGCUCCGUGAUCGUGGUGGUGAACGCGCUCAUCUUCACGUUCGUGUGGCGGCCGUGCCCUCCCGGCGAAACCUGCUACAACCCCUGCGUCGACAGCCACUCCACCGACCACCAGCACGUCAACCGCACCCUGGUGGGCGCCGACAGGUCCACCGAGCUCGGGCCGUGCUGGGUGCUGUACCUGGACCCCACACUGUGUGUCAUCAUGGUGGGCAUCCUGCUCUACACCACCUAUCCGCUGCUGAAGGAGUCCGCCCUCAUCCUGCUGCAGACGGUGCCCAAGCAGAUCGACAUGCACCGCCUCAACGAGCGCCUGCUGCAGCUGGACGGCGUGCUGGCCAUCCACGAGCUGCACAUCUGGCAGCUAGCCGGCUCGCGCAUCAUCGCCACGGCGCACAUCAAGUGCCACGACCCCACGUCCUACAUGGACGUGGCCAAGCGCAUCAAGGACCUGUUCCACAACGAGGGCAUCCACGCCACCACCAUCCAGCCGGAGUUCGUCACUGUCAACUCCGAGUCCAGCGCCUCCCUCUGCGAGCUCUCCUGCCGGACGCAGUGUGCGCCCAAGCUGUGUUGCGGCGCCGCCGACAAGGCGGGCGGUGCCGGCCUGGAUGGCGCCGACAAGGCGCCGAUGGCCUCGGCCAUGGAGGUGAUCAGCGAGACCGCCGAGCGGGAGGACGAGGCGGGUCUUUCGGUGCCGGUGGCUGACGUCAUCCAGGUGGUCCCCCGGCUGGAGCCUGAGGUCACCGUCGCCCGGGAGGUGGAGUCCUCUCUGUGAGGGCGGAGACGUUCGGGCGAGGGGGUAGAAUCACUGCUAAAGUGGACAGGUGUUUUGAAGAGAGGCGGGCCUGAACCAACGGUGUGUUGUAAUUUGUCCGGGGUGCCGCAUUUCUGAAGAUAACGGUUCUAAAAAGGUUCCGGCACCGUGCUACUUCAAGCCCCCCGACCACGCCCCUAGCGACCAAUCCUUCACCGCGUCCACCUCCUGACCAAUCCCUCACACUCUGGGAGUUGACUGUCACUUCUCGCCCCAGGUGAGGGCGGGGCCUGGUCUGUUGUGCCGCAUGGUGUUGUGUCGUGUCCCGCCCCUUCCCUCUGCGGUGUCUCUGUGCCAAAGCCAAUCAAAGCAGGACCGAGGGGACGGAGAGCACGCCACGUGGGGGCGGGGCACACCUGUCUUCUCCACAGGUAUCAUAGAAUAUCCAUGGACCUGUCAUUCAUUAUGGUUAUGUUGUUUUGGGCAUAGGCUUUCCACAUCUUUAUAUAUAUUUUUUGUCAGCCCCCAAUGGAAAAAAAAUAUUAUAUUGCUAAAAAUAUAAUGUAUGUAUUUAAGUUAUUAGUAAUUAUAAUUUUUUUUUCUUUUGUAGGUGCUUUUCUAAUAUUUAGUUUGGAUGAUAGAAGAGUUUUUAUGCCUCUUUAAAAUUUGACAGACCAUGCUUUUUAAAAUGUGAUGAUUUUUCUGUUAUUGUUCUCCUGGCCUUGACUUUAUUUAUAAUUGCAGUUGUCAGUUGAAUGCAGGUGGGUUUAAACCCCUCUCACUCUGCCUUUCUUAAAAACUGCUAUAUAAACAACGUAAGGUAUAGUUGAGUACUGUGGAUUACUCAUUUUGGAAAGCUUUGACAAACAUGUUAAUUCAACAGUAGGAUUGGAUGCCUUGCAGUGCAUGGAAGGCAGUCAGAUGAGCUGACAUUCAUACAAGUGUUUCUCGUCAAUGUUUUGGGGAAAGGACCUAGCCGAAAUCCAUGCUGAACUUUAUUUUUCUUUUUUACACAAAUUCCAGAGUCCUGCUGCAACUUUGCAUGACCAAACUGAAGUGUGUUAUUUGAAUCACAUGUAAUAGUGCUGCAAAACAAUAGACUACUUGUGUUCUCAAACAGCAAAAACAAAGAUGUUUUAGAUCAAAGAAGGACAUUUCACUUAAUCCUUUCCUUUCUUUGUAGUGAAUGGAUUUGUUUGGCUUCCCGUGCCGAAUUUCAGUAAUCUUAGUGGCCUUUGAAACUAAAGGAAAUCUGAUCAUUCCAUCAUUCAUUAUUGUUAGCAACAUCAGAAAGAUAUCAUUUCCAUGUGGUGAUUCAAGGAUACGUUUCAGAUUUCCACUCAAAGUAAAUGUGUAUGCAACAUAGAACAAUUAUAUUGGGAAAUGUAUUUCAACACGUACCUUUGUUUUGAAAAUGUCUGGUUACUUUUAUUGUCUUUUUUAGACUCAAGCUCUCUGUGCAAAUUGAGGUACGUGUUGUUUUUUUUGAAUUUUAGAUGACAUGUCUUCUGAUGUGUUUUUGAUACUGUACCUGUCAAUGUCUCAUUGUGAAAAUUAAACCUGUUUGACACAGUUGUU